CAUAUCAGAUUGGAAAACUUAAAAAUGUGGAAAAUAUUCUUGCUGUUGGUUCUUUGUAUCCUGCAAUUGUGCCACAUUGAUGCUCAAUGGAGUCGAGUGUACUGUGAGAAUAUCUAUAACGAUUGUCAACGAUUUACAUCCAGAAUAGGACGAUUUGAUGAGACUAUAGAUUCCUUUAAUCGUCAUUGUCGUCGGGAGCGCAGAGGAAGGUGGAACAGUGUGUCUCGAUGUGAAAUGGAAAAAGCCACCUGUCUUCUGAUUUUUCGACGCUGUGAUGAUAUGUCCUGUAACAACAUUGCAGAUGUCUUGGAAUUGUAAUCAAGUCUGGAUAAAAAAUGUUCUUUUGUUUAGCAACAGAAGAUAUUAACAAAAGCUUAAGCAAUAACAGUCUGGCAAUAAACGCAUUGUUUUAUCAAAAGUUAAUAAAGGCAAACAAAGUAAUUUU